CCUUUUCAUAGACUUUUUCUUUGGUUACGGUUACCUCUGUAGGAACGAAGUAGAAUUUUACUUCUUUACAAAUAAAAUGGGUUUCGUGAAAGUGGUAAAGAAUAAGCAGUACUUCAAGCGGUAUCAAGUCAAAUUCAAGAGGCGUCGUGAGGGCAAAACUGAUUAUUAUGCACGGAAACGCCUGGUUGUACAGGACAAGAAUAAAUAUAACACCCCCAAAUACCGAUUAAUCGUUCGUCUCUCAAACAAGGAUGUUACAUGCCAAGUGGCUUAUUCCCGCAUUGAAGGAGACCACAUUGUCUGCGCUGCCUACUCACAUGAAUUACCUCGUUAUGGUAUUAAAGUGGGUUUAACUAACUAUGCUGCUGCUUACUGCACCGGACUACUGCUGGCCAGACGACUGCUUCAGAGGCUGGGGCUGGACUCCUUGUAUGCUGGAGCCACAGAAGUCACUGGCGAUGAGUACAAUGUUGAACCUGUUGAUAACGGACCCGGCGCAUUUAGAUGUUACUUGGAUGUUGGUCUUGCACGCACAACAACUGGUGCCAGAGUAUUCGGAGCUAUGAAAGGAGCAGUUGACGGUGGUCUCAAUGUUCCCCAUUCCAUCAAGAGGUUCCCAGGUUAUGAUGCAGAAGCAAAAAAAUUCAAUGCAGAUGUUCAUAGAGCACAUAUAUUUGGUCUUCAUGUAGCUGAAUAUAUGAGAAAUCUUGAACAAGAAGAUGAAGACUCAUUCAAGAGACAGUUUGGCAAAUACAUCAAACUAGGUGUCACUGCUGAUGCGAUUGAAAGCUUGUACAAGAAGGCCCAUGAAUCAAUUCGUACAGAUCCAUCUCACAAAAAGAAAGAAGAAAAGAAAGAUCCAGCCAAACAAAAACGCUGGAGCAAGCGCAAGCUGACACUGGCUGAAAGGAAGAACAGAAUCAAGCAAAAGAAGGAGUCCUUCAUAAAAAGAUUGCAAGCAGAAGCUUAAAAGGUUUACAAAUAAAAGCCUUGAAUAAAUUUA